AACUAUGGGGAUAUUAUAGUGGCAAAUGUUGCAUCGCUGUACAGCUCUGGGAAGAAAGCAUUGGCCAAUUCAAUUUGCAAACAUCAAUAUCUAGCAAGACCGAAAAAAUGGAAAAGCAACACAAUGAUAAUAUUAAUAGAGACGAGUUGAUCUUGCAGCAACAAAGGGACAUUGAGCGAGAGAUAAGUGAUUCCAUACCACUAGUCAGUGAAAAGCUACCCGUAGACUGCUUAAACGCUGAGUAUGUUGGUGAUGCAAUAUUCACAUCCAAAAUAGAAGACUUGUCUGUUAAAUACGCUUACAUGAGGCGCACUCGGCCUGAUGGUAACUGUUUUUUCAGGGCAUUUGCAUACGCAUACCUCGAGCACUUGAUCUCAAACAAAGAAGACUAUGAACAGUUUCGCCAAUUAGGGGAAACUUCUAAAGACAAAUUGGUACAAUUAGGAUUUCCCAGUUUCACUUUAGAGGACUUUCAUGAAACUUUCAUGGAGGUUGUUAAACGCGUCGAUCCUUCAUCAUCCACCCCCGAAGCUUUGAGUGAGCAACUACAUACAGUAUUUAAUGAUCAAGGAUAUUCAGAUUAUGUUGUUGUUUAUUUGAGACUACUUACAUCAGGGAAACUUCAGGAAGAAGCAGACUUUUAUCAAAACUUUAUAGAAGGCAACUUUACUAUAGAAGAAUUCCGCCAUCAAGAAGUAGAACCGAUGUACAAGGAAUCAGAUCAUAUUCAUAUAAUUGCACUGUGCUCAGCGAUAGGAGUUGGAGUUCGUGUUGAAUACAUGGAUAGAGGAGAAGGAGGGACUGUAAAAGCUCAUGAUUUUCCCGAGGGUCAAACUCCUAAAGUAUUUCUAAUCUAUCGGCCUGGUCACUAUGACAUAUUAUAUCCUAAAUAAAACACAUUUUUUCAUUAUCAUUAA